AUUUCAUUACCCCCCAGCGCAUCACUGGGACCUUGACGUUCUCUCCAAGCUUCAAUCAGUCCACGGGUUUCAGCCCAGAGGCAAGCACCAUGCCCCGACCAGUGCGCCGGACAGAGGAUGGACCUCAUCCCAAACUACUGAGCUCAUUCCGUCGAUUUGGGAGAGCUGAUAGCUUCAAGCCUGUAGGGGCUUCAUCAACCAGCAUCGGAUCGAAGUCCCUUGGCAAAGUCAACAUCGACUGCCAAUUCCUCUUCAAAGAAUCCCAAUGGGGCACGUUCGAAGGCCGGCCUGGGGGCAUUGUAUAUUUGAAUCUCAAUUUUGGGCCUCCACAGAAUUGUCGUGUGCAGGAGGCCACAGUUACGAUCACCUUGGACGAGGAGGAUCCUUGCCUAGAACCCUUCAAUACGACCCAGCGCCUGAGUGUGCUGCAUGAGUCUGGCAUUGAGGCCCAAAUGACGCCGUGGUUCGGGCCGCAGGUCUUGGGAGGUGAGAAGAAGUUUGCAGAGGUCACAUCGACGACGAAAGCGAUUCCAGAGGCGACCGUUAUCGGCAACGGUGGUGGCGGGAUUGGGCACGAGCGAUCGAAGGUGUUCAGACAAGAGGCUCGAUGGUCCUUCUACGGGCAGUUGCUACGGAAGAAACGGACAGCCACAUACGCCUCCUUAAGAUGGCAUCUGAACGAGAACGAGCUCGAGGGCCAGGCUUUCCACAACCCAACAUUCCGCACCGCCUUCGCUUUUGAGCAUUGCGGCAGGCCCUUCCUCAUAAAGGUGGACAUUGAGGGCAGACUCGAGAAGUGGCACCAUCAAGUUCAAUCCAAGCUAAAAUUCGGCGCGGGCGGAGCAAGGGAGGGAAAAGUGGUCACUCUUGUCGAUUUUGAGGACUACCGGAGAUUCUCGCGUGAUCUUGAAGCGAUAGCCAGGGGUCUCCCGAGAACGAUGGAAAUGAGAAACCUGGAAGAGAUUCCAAUGGAAAUCCAGGACUCCGUGCCUGGUGCGACUUUCUAUCAGGCUUCCCCAGCUCCCUGGAGCAGCUCAGGCCCGUCUGAGAUGCUGCAAACCACUGCUCAACAUCCGGGGCAGCAGCAGCAGCAGACAUACACCUCAAAUUCCGAGAUCUCGAACCAAUUUGAAGAGCAACCGCUGCUUCAGGAGCGGGGUCAAAGUCUGAGCACGCCCAGGGAAGUAUCAGAGAUCGAGCAAGGAGAUGGUGAAAUUUCUGCGGCCGAAAAUUACCGACGACUUCUCUCAGCGUUUUCGGAUCCGGGUGUUCAGGAGGGCGUGCGUGAAAACGCGAUUGAUACGACAUCGAGCGACGCGAGCACCUUGAUGAAUUCGGAGAACUCAAUGGAUUCGGCAAAUGAGACACCGGGCUCGAGGGAUUGCGAUACCCAGAAAACGGAAACAGAGCAGAGCCGGAGUGGAUUCAUGCAGGCCGUGACAGCCGCGGAUCAAGACACAAUGCUGGCAAUCCUGGGCAUACCCGGCAUGCUGGCCUUUCUGCAGUUUCUCGCCAGUAUCAUGAGUUUCCUGGGAACCGUCCCAUCAAAUAAGAGGCUUACGGAAGAGUAGUUGAGUGGAGAAGUAUUUACUAUGUGGAAUAAUAUUUGAAGUUUUAGUGUAGGUACUCUUCUCGUAGGUGAAAUUGCAAUGCACACUGCAUACUGUGCCAGAGUCA